UAUUUUUCUGCUUUAGGUUAUUAAAUUAAAGUUGUGUUACUUUUAAUCUGCAAUGGAAUUAAGAUACAUGUCUAUAAUGAAGCCUAUUUGAAGUGAAGUGUGCCAAACAAACUUAAAGUAAAACAUCAUAACCUAACAUUACAGUCAACGUAAAUAUCAGAAAGUGUACAAAAUAAUAGCGUUCCUUUUGCGCUCUUUCAUUAAGAUUGGGAAUAAGAGGGUAUAGAACCUGGGGAGAAUGCUUUUUUAUACCGCUUGUUAAGGUAAUUGAACACAGUGCUACGCUGCUUUUGACUACUGGGGUCAGGGUACAAUAGUAACCGUUUCAUUAGCUUCAACACCAACUGCUCCGACCUUGUUCCCUCUUGUGCAAUGUGGCUCCGGGACCGGAGAUAUGAUGACUCUGGGUUGCAUUGCCACUGGCUUCACGCCUGCCUCCCUCACCUUCAAAUGGAAUGAAGAAGGCGGGAAUUCCCUGACUGAUUUCGUUCAGUACCCUGCGGUCCAAACCGGUGGAAGCUACAUGGGAGUCAGUCAACUCCGUGUAAAGAGAGCAGACUGGGACAGUAAAACAUUUGAAUGCGCCGUGGAACAUUCAGCUGGUUCAAAGGAAGUAUCAGUGAAGAAACAAAUGCAGCGGGUCAUUCCUCCAAAUAUCACCCUGUAUCCUCUCUGGGAGGAACUGGAGGGAGGUUCAAAGGUGGGACUCCUCUGCAUCCUGAGUGGGUUCUACCCUGACAAGCUGAGUGUGGAGUGGCUGCUGGAUGACAAGACUGUGACCACCUCUCCAGUCCAGCGGAAGCUGCAGAGUGUAGAAGGUGAGGAGAAAACAUUCAGCCUGAACAGCCAGCUGGAGCUGGACCGGAGCCAAUGGACUCAAGGGUCAGAGGUCACAUGCAAGGCCACCCACAAUGCAGCACAAGGACCACCUCCAGGAGCACCCGUCUCCAGGACCACCAGCAUUUGCUCAGCGUUUCCCUUGUCUACUCCAUCCAUCCACCUGGAGACCCCCAGAUUCAGGACAGUGAUGACACAGACUGAGGUAACAGCUACAUGUGUGGUCCAUUACGCGUAUGAUGCUACAGUAACCUGGCUUCUGGAUGGAUUAGACCAAACCAGUAGGACCCCAGUGAACCAGGCCAGCAGCACAACUCAGAGCACCAGCAGUAACCUGACUCUUCCCUCAAGCCAAUGGAAAACCCUGAACACAAUAACAUGCAGAGCUGAACAUCGCUGCUUCAACUCCACAGAGAAGACCAGUAAUGUUAAAGGACCUUCAGUGAGCAGCACUACUACAGUGCUGAUCAGGAGGUCUCUCCCAGAGUUACUGAAGGGAGACAGUGCUGUGCUGGAGUGUGCCAUCACACAACUCUCCUCCAGUGACCUCUACAUCACCUUUCAGGCCAAUGAGGUUGAUUUUCCUGAGAAACAGUAUGUUGAUCUGCCUGCCUCCAAUGGCCCCCAUUCACUCAUCAGACGCUUCUCUGUCCCCACAUCACACUGGAAGAAAGACAACACCUUCACUUGUAAAGUGAACCAAGGCUACUCCAACAGCUGGGUGUCUAACUCAACAGGAAAGCUUUUUGGUGAACUGUCCAUGGAACUCCUUCUAGUCCCCAGUGAGGAGCCGUCUGGCUCAGCGACCCAGAAACUCAUGUGUUCUGGGUGGGGAUUCAACCCUAAGAUCAAGUGGCUCUCUGGGUCUGAACAGAGGUCUGCAGCAGACAAUGAGAUAAGGAUGGGGGAAGACGGACAUGUGGCAGUAACCAGUCAUAUCACAGUAACACAGCAGGAGUGGAAUGAGGGGAAGGACUUCAUCUGUGAGGUAGAUGACAAAGAUCUUCAGAAAACUGUCAGGAAGAGCACUAGUUUGUGCACAGUUUUUCCCUCGUCUACUCCAUCCCUCCACCUGGAGACCCCCAGAUUCAGGACAGUGAUGACACAGACUGAGGUAACAUCUACAUGUGUGGUCCACUCUGCGUAUGACGCCAAAGUGUCCUGGCUUCUGGAUGGAAAAGACCCAACCAACGGGACUGCAGUGAACCAGGCCAGCAGCACAACUCAGAUCACCAGCAGUAACCUGACUCUUCCCUCAAGCCAAUGGAAAACCCUGAACACAAUAACAUGCAGAGCUGAACAUCGCUGCUUCAACUCCACAGAGAAGACCAGUAAUGUUAAAG